GCGCGUUGCUUCGUACCGGGCAGAUUGACUGCUUUAGCCAUGGGCGCUGAGUUGCGGCAGCUGCGGCUGCAACAGAAGCGGCGGUUGGUCCAGGAGCGGAUCCGGGAGUUCCCCGAUUUUCCCACGCCGGGGGUGCUUUUCCGAGAUAUCACCCCCCUCUUAAAGGACCCUGUUGCCUUUGCAGCUGCAAUUGACCUCCUGGAAGCUCACGUCAAGGCCUCACAUCCCCAGGUUGAGUACAUUGCAGGUCUUGAUUCCCGAGGAUUCCUUUUUGGACCAGCUUUGGCACAGAGAUUGGGAGUUGGAUUUGUGCUAAUACGGAAGAAGGGGAAGCUACCAGGUCCCACAGUGUCAGUUGCCUACUCUCUGGAAUAUGGCCAGGCAGAGCUCGAAGUUCAAAACGACGCAGUGAGCCCCGGUCAGAAUGUGCUCUUGAUUGACGACCUGCUUGCCACAGGAGGGACCAUGCAAGCUGCCUGUGAGCUGAUGAAGAAGCUGGGGGCUAAUAUCCUGGAGUGUGUGGUGCUUAUAGAGUUAAAGUCCCUUAAAGGGCAAGAAGCCAUCAAGCCAAACUCCCUCUACUCGCUGCUGCAGUAUGACUGAUGCCCAGGAGUGACCGCCUGCCUCAAGCCUUGUUUCAGUUGAGAUGGCCUUGCCGCCUUCCUCUGCCAAACAAUUCCUGGCUUUGCAUUGUUGCCUGCAAGCUUUCUUUUUCUUAAAGUGACCCUUGCUCCCAUCAAGUUGGCAUUGUCACCCUGGACUUUGCUUUGUAAGUGAAGGGUUAAUUAUUGAAAUCCCAUGGGAGAAGCUUUUAUUAUCAUUAAAAGAACCAAAUGAAGCUCGGAUUUUCCUAUAAGGCUAUCUCCUUGUAGGCAGUCUUGGACUUGCCAGAUUGGGAAGGGGAUGACUCGCUCACCAGAACCCAGGCCUAGAGGCUUCCCAGAGUCAGCCUUUUCAAAAUAGAAGUCACUUACACCUUUUAGAAAGCAAGAGAUUGUUAUUCCUCUAUGCUAAUGGGGGGGGGGUGGCAAGGAGAGCCAGCCUGGUGUCCUCAAAACAUUUUGGACUACAGUUCCCAUCAGCCUC